GAAGGACCCAAAAUGGAUAGUGAUAUUCGUGGUUUUUAUAAGGAUAAAGUAAUUUUCCUGACGGGUGCCACCGGUUUUUUGGGAAAAGUGAUUAUUGAGAAACUUUUGCGGUCUACCGAUGUCAAGGAAAUAUAUACCAUGGUUAGGAGCAAACGUGGUCAGAAUAUUCAGGAUCGGCUGAAAAUAUGGCAAGCAGAUCCAAUUUUUGAAGUUCUGUUGAGGUCGCAGCCCGAUGCCCUGCAACGAGUUCAUCCCAUCGCAGGGGACUGCAGCCAGCCAGAUUUGGGAAUAAGUGAGCAGGAUAGAAAGAUCCUGGCUUCAGAGGUACAGGUAGUAAUCCAUGGAGCAGCCACUGUGCGAUUUUCGGAGCCCCUUCAUGUCGCUCUGGCAAUAAAUACUCGUGCCACCCGGUUGAUGCUCCAACUGGCCAAGGAAAUGAAGAAGCUGGUUGCAUAUUUGCAUGUUUCCACAGCCUACUCCAACAGCGUGUUGUUUCGCAUCGAGGAGAAGUUUUACCCGGAGCUGUUGACCUGUGGGUCGGAGAAGGUCCUGGCUUUGAGUGAGCUGGUCAGCGACCAAGUACUGGACGGCAUGGAGCCCGCUCUAAGGGGCGACUUUCCCAAUACCUAUACCUACACCAAAGCCUUGGCAGAAGAUGUCAUCCUCAAAGAAGCUGGUAGUCUACCGGUCAGCAUAUUUCGACCUUCCUUUAUAAUUCCCACCUACAAAGAGCCAUUAGUUGGAUGGAUAGAUAACCUGUAUGGACCAAUUGGGAUGAUGUACGGAAUCGCCUUAGGCGUUCUUCGAGUGGCGAGCUUUAACAAAAAUGCACUUAAUAGCAUGGUGCCAGUGGACUACGCAGCCAAUGUAGCACUUGCCUGCAGUUGGAGAACGGCCAAGGAUACGAAAAAGGUUCCCAUUAAUUCCGUCGAUGUUCCACCUAAGAUUUACGCAUUUGGAUCCGGCAAUAACAUGUUACGAAUUGAAGAUUGUAUUAACUAUUCAAUGAGCUUUCGUGAAAAAAUCCCUUUGACCCAGAUGAUUUGGUAUCCUUUCAUUUUUAAUGUUCCCUCUCCAACACUCUACCCCCUGGUCGCCUUCUUCAUGCACGUUUUGCCUGCUCAUGUCUUCGAUCUGGUCCUGCGACUUUCGGGGAAAAAGCCCCGAUUGAUUAAGCUCUACAAAACGAUUCACGAAAACAUAUAUACAACUCGAUAUUUCAUAAACAACACAUUCCAUUUUGAAAUGGAAAAUACGAAUCGACUGAUGGACAAGAUUUCAUCUGAAGAAAGGAUCAUCUACGACUUUGACAUGGAGAGUCUAAACUGGAAGGGUUAUUGGAGCCAGGCUUUAUAUGGUAUGAGAGUCUACCUAGGAAAAGAUCCCAAUACCACGGAGUUUAUAACUCAAGCUAAACGACGCCUUUGGAAAUUGAAAAUUGCUCACUACAGCCUAGUUGCAGUUUUUGCAUUCUUAGCUGGAUAUCUUUUAUGGUUCUUGACUAAACUUUUUUUUAAUUAAUUUUAUUGUCAACAAAUAAAUAGAAAGAUAAUUUUGACAUUUUACUGUGAUUUUUAUAGGAAAACAUAUGUUAAUGUAAAACUUCAAAAGUAAAACAAUUAAAGACCUUUUUAAGAGGA